AUGGUUGAAAUACCCGGACUCACCAUUGAUUCCAAACAACAUGGUUGCAUAUCGAUUCAGCAGCGUCAAGUGCUCUUCGGCCUCAUUUACUCGCCGGUUCUCCUUUCAGGGACAAUCAACUACCGAUUGGAAAACCAUGCACAAAAUAACCACAUCGGCCGAGAAAUCGAAAACAACACCUACAAAGACAAUGUCGUUCUAACGUCGAAAUCAACUGACGACGCAGUGCUGCUCUAUAAAGAGUCAAAAGCAAUCUUCGAAGAAAUGCAGAUGAAUCUCAGAGAAUUCCUAUCAAACGACGGCCAUUUGCGACGUCAAAUAGCUGACAAAGACUUUAGAGAGAAUCCGAAUCAGAAAACCUUAGGAAUACUGUGGAACUCGACAGAUGACACCCUUCUCCUGGCCUCUAGAUCACAGAUGCGAUGGUCGGAGCCGGUGUUCCGACCCCCUUCACUUUUGGGCGGUAGGCGAAAAGACCUACCAUAG